AGGUCCCGCAUUUGCAGCUCAUCAGUCGGCGAAAGUGACUCUGGAUACCAAUACCCAAAACGGAUAUACCCAUCACACGACUUGGCCGUCCAGGUGCGGCUCAAAGCCAAGUGCUUGUGGCAAGGACUUGUUGUGAAAGAAGGCUUAAGCCGAAUAUUCGAAUAAAGUGACUCAAAAUGUUUGUGGAAAAAGUGCUGGAACGCGCUACCAAGUGGGAGCUGUGCUCGAUCCUGAUCCUCGUGGCCAUCAGUCUGAGCAUCUACACCUUCUACGCCACUCUGAGCUCGUAUCUGAGAUCGGUGAUCCUGUCGCUGAGGCUCACGGGUCCGCCUUCGCUGCCGCUCUUGGGCAACUGCAUGCUGGUCACGGAUAAGGACGUGAUGCGAAAAUGCGCUGGCAAAGCCUUCGACCUGUACGGAUCUCUGGUGCGGAUCUGGGUGCUCCUCUUCCCCUUCUUCGCCGUGCUGGAGCCGGAGGACCUGCAGGUCAUACUCUCCUCCAAGAAGCACACUAACAAGGUGUUCUUCUACCGGCUGAUGCACAACUUCCUGGGUGACGGGCUGAUCACCAGCAGUGGCUCCAAGUGGAGCAACCACCGCCGGCUCAUCCAGCCAGCCUUCCAUCACAACCUGCUGGAGAAGUUCAUAGACACCUUUGUGGACGCCUCGCAGUCUCUGUACGAGAACCUGGAUGCCUCCGCCGGGGGCACAGAGAUUAAUAUCGCCAAAUAUGUGAACGGCUGCGUGCUGGACAUACUAAAUGAGGCCGUUCUGGGGGUGCCCAUAAAGAAGAGGGGCCAGGAUGCGGUCAGCAUGGAGGAUUCGCCCUUCCGCCAGGGAAAGCUCAUGAUGCCCACGCGGUUCACCCAUCCCUGGCUGCUGCUGGACGGGAUCUACCACUGGACCAAGAUGGCCAACGACGAGCUCAACCAGAAGAAGCGCCUGAACGACUUCACUCGCCAGAUGAUCCAGCGGCGUCGCCAGAUCCAGAACAAUAACAAUGGCAAUGGCGAGCGGAAGUGCCUGCUGGACCACAUGAUCGAGAUCUCCGAGAGCAAUCCGGACUUCACCGAGGAGGACAUCGUCAACGAGGCCUGCACCUUCAUGCUGGCUGGCCAGGAUUCGGUGGGCGCCGCCGUGGCCUUCACUCUCUUCCUGCUCACGCAGAACCCCGAGUGCCAGGAGCGCUGCCUCCAGGAGCUGGAGACCAUCUUCGGGGGCAGUAACAGGGCUCCCUCGAUGACCGACCUGCUCGAGAUGCGCUACAUGGAGAUGUGCAUCAAGGAGGCACUGCGUCUGUACCCCAGUGUGCCGCUGAUUGCCCGCAAGCUGGGCGAGGAGGUGCGCCUGGCGAAUCACACCCUGCCCGCCGGCAGCAACGUCUUCAUCUGCCCCUAUGCCACCCAUCGUCUUGCCCACAUCUACCCCGAUCCGGAGAGGUUCCUGCCGGAGCGGUUCUCGCCGGAGAACUCGGAGAACCGCCACCCGUACGCCUUCAUUCCGUUCAGCGCCGGCCCGAGGUACUGCAUCGGCAACCGGUUCGCUAUCAUGGAGAUCAAGACCAUUGUGUCGCGGCUGCUGCGCAGCUUCCAGCUGCUCCCGGUCCCCGGCAAGACCACCAUUGCGGCCACCUUCCGGAUCACGCUGAGGGCCUCCGGCGGCCUGUGGGUGCGCCUCAAGCCCCGCGACCACCCGGUGACCGACCACUGACUUCAGCUCCCCUUUCGUUACAUUAACUUUAAUUAGUAUGGUAGAUAUGUAUAUAAAUCGAUACAAUAAUUUAAACGCUUA